CCCCGAACGCCGCGUGAAACCCGCCCGCCGCACUUCAUUGGUCGCGGCGCCAGAGCCGUUGGCUCCCAGACCCGCCUCUCCGCCGCCUCUCACUUUUCCCAGGGCGGAUGCGCCUGCGCUCAGCUGCCUGGGCGGGCUGGGAGGCGCGGGUUGAAAAGUCUCGUUCCAAGUUUGGAGAGAGAGAGAAGAGCGCCUCAGACCUCGGUACCCGCGAGCGGGGAGGAGGCAGGAAGGAAGGACGCGGCGUCUGGGGAGCACCCAGGCCGCAAGACAGGGCCCGGGCUUUCGUGAGCGGGAAGUGUGUGACCCGCUUGGGAAAGGCAGGAGCGCCAGCUGUCGGGCUGCUCUUGGCUAACUAGGGGAGUCCGAGGCGGCGGCGAGGGGCGAACGACCCGACGCAAGAUGGCGAGUAAAGAGAUGUUUGAAGAUACUGUGGAGGAGCGUGUCAUCAAUGAAGAAUAUAAAAUCUGGAAGAAGAAUACACCGUUUCUAUAUGACCUGGUUAUGACCCAUGCUCUUCAGUGGCCCAGUCUUACCGUUCAGUGGCUUCCUGAAGUGACUAAACCGGAAGGAAAAGAUUAUGCCCUUCAUUGGCUAGUGCUGGGGACUCAUACGUCUGAUGAGCAGAAUCAUCUGGUGGUUGCUCGAGUACAUAUUCCCAAUGAUGAUGCACAGUUUGAUGCUUCCCAUUGUGACAGUGACAAGGGUGAAUUUGGUGGCUUUGGUUCUGUAACAGGAAAAAUUGAAUGUGAAAUUAAAAUCAAUCAUGAAGGAGAAGUAAACCGUGCUCGUUACAUGCCACAGAAUCCUCACAUCAUUGCGACAAAAACACCAUCUUCUGAUGUGUUGGUCUUUGACUAUACAAAACACCCUGCUAAACCAGACCCAAGUGGAGAAUGUAAUCCUGAUCUCAGGUUAAGAGGUCACCAGAAGGAAGGCUAUGGUCUCUCCUGGAAUUCGAAUUUGAGUGGACAUCUCCUAAGUGCAUCUGAUGACCAUACUGUCUGUCUGUGGGAUAUAAACGCAGGACCAAAGGAAGGCAAAAUUGUGGAUGCUAAAGCAAUCUUUACCGGCCACUCGGCUGUUGUGGAGGAUGUGGCCUGGCACCUGCUGCACGAGUCAUUGUUUGGAUCUGUUGCUGAUGAUCAGAAACUGAUGAUAUGGGACACCAGGUCCAAUACCACCUCCAAGCCGAGCCACUUGGUGGAUGCACACACUGCCGAAGUCAAUUGCCUCUCAUUCAAUCCCUACAGCGAAUUUAUUCUAGCCACUGGCUCUGCGGAUAAGACCGUAGCUUUAUGGGAUCUGCGUAACUUAAAAUUAAAACUCCAUACCUUCGAAUCUCAUAAAGAUGAAAUUUUCCAGGUCCACUGGUCUCCACAUAAUGAAACUAUUCUGGCUUCAAGUGGUACUGACCGCCGCCUGAAUGUGUGGGAUUUAAGUAAAAUUGGGGAAGAGCAAUCAGCAGAAGAUGCAGAAGACGGGCCUCCAGAACUCCUGUUUAUUCAUGGAGGACACACUGCCAAGAUUUCAGAUUUUAGUUGGAACCCCAAUGAGCCUUGGGUCAUUUGCUCAGUGUCUGAGGAUAACAUCAUGCAGAUAUGGCAAAUGGCUGAAAAUAUUUACAAUGAUGAAGAGUCGGAUGUCACGACAUCGGAACUGGAGGGACAAGGAUCUUAAACCCAAAGUACGAGAGAUGUUUCUGUUGAAUGUAAUGCUACAUGAAUGCUUGAUUUCUCAAGCGCCAAAAGGCUUUGUAUAGUAGAAAAUGUAAGUGGGGUGGCUUCUGGCUUCUUUAUCCUCUGAUUCUAGCACUUUCAAGUGAGCUGUUGCGUACUGUAUCAUAUUGUAGCUAUUAGGAAAGAGAUGAUUGUUGCUUAAGAAAGAACAUCACCAUUGAUUUAAAAUGCAAGUAGCAGCAUACUGCCUUUGAUUCAACUGUUUAAGUCCUCAUUUUCUCAAACUAAGUGCUUGCUGUUCCCAAAUAUGCGAAAGUAACUUUUACACUUUUUCCUUCCAACACUUCUUGAUUGGCUUUGCAGAAAUAAAGUUUUAAAAUAAAA